AUGAAGGGGAUAUGGACAAUUGAGGAAAUUCGUUUCAUGAUGAAUCCUGAAUUGAUUGUUGCUAUGCUUUUUAUGCCUUCCAUGUCAGAGAAUGAGGCAAUAGAAAUGGUUGGUGCUGAAAGGUUCUCAAAUUAUAGAGGGUAUAAUGCUUCAUUUCAAUAUGCUGGUGAUUACAUAGAUAGAAGGGGAGUUGAUGCUUUGCAGAGACGUGUGUCAAGAGUUAUUGCAAUAGAUGCACUGCGUAAGGCAGGAACAAAGCAGUAUAAGAGUGAAUUUCUCUUGAGGGAGGUUAACAAGAAAUUCUGUGGCUUCCUGGAUCAUUCUGAGUAUCUGCAGCACCAGCAACAUGUGCCUGGAUGCAAUGUUGGUAUUGUUACUGGAAACUGGGGCUGUGGUAUUUUUGGUGGAGAUCCUCAAAUUAAGUCAAUGAUACAGUGGGUUUCUGCAUCUCAGUUGUUUAGUGAAAGUGCCUCACUGCCCCCACCUCUCUUGUCAUCUAGAAAAAUGGGAUGUAAUGUGGUUGAAUUAAUCCUGCUUCCAGACCUUUUGUCUCGUAGUACAUUUGGAUUGGAUAAAUUGCGAAAUUUGGAUAAGGUGGUUGAAUGGAUUGUGUCUCAAAAAUGGACUGUUGGAGACCUAUGGAACAAGCUGGUCGAGUAUGGUGUUCAGCGGGAAAGUAAAAAAGAGAUUGGAUUCUUUUCUUAUCUGCUUCCUUCUCUAAAGGAAGAGUCUGCCAUCUCUUCUAAACACCGUCGUGGCAGUGAUGCUGAAGGGGCUUCUCGUGGCCGCGUCCGUGGCAGAUUCAGGAAAUGA